AGAGAGAGCACUGCAUCAGGCUGAAUUGAAGGAACUAAGCAAAUACUGUGAGUAUAGAGACAAGAGGGGAAGCACAAGAGAGGUACUAGAACAAGGGCUGCUCAGGCUAUUCAAAGGGAACUGUGAGAUUGGCAGAUGGGAAGAUUAGGACCCAGCGUGGUCAGAUCUGAACGAGUCAAUUUUUGAUCUAGAGACAAAGAAUCCCCCACCUAAGUCUCAAAUACCAUUAUUUGAGCUCAUGAUCCUUUCUGCGACAUAACUGCAAAAAGAAAAUAUUCUUUCAGCUGGCAGAGGUAAAGAGUCUGGAGGAGAGAGAUCAGAAGAAGGAGGAGGUGAGUACCGAGAAGCUCUUCAUCCUUUAGAGUCCAGGCUUCUACAGAGAUGGCCUCUUUCCUCUCAAGGCAGAAGUCUACUCAAUCAGACCCAGAAUCUCUUGAAAUUCUAUCACCUGGUGAGGUGCUCUGGGAGGAGGAGAUGGAGAGAAUAUGUAACAGCAAGGUAGCAUUACAGGAACUGCCCUAUGCCAUGAUGGAUAAACGGCUUAUCAGGCACCUCCGCAAGCCAGAUGGGAUAAAAAUAUCUUUUUGGGAACGAUGGAAGAAGAAAUGGCAGCAAGUCCAUCAGCAUUUCUUGGAUCUAGGCCAUAGGCUUAUGGGGAUCUUUGGGCUUUGGAAGACUGACCUUUGUGAGAUUGGCGGGCUCUUUGGCACAGGGAUCCAGUCCUGUUUCACCUUCCUUCAUUUCCUAAUGAUACUCAACCUGCUCACCUUUCUUCUGACCACCAGUUUAGUGCUGUUGCCUCUGGCUUGGCUCCAGUCACCUGACCCAGAUUCUGCUUCCAACAUCUCAUACUCUUGUUCUAGCAGCCAUGAAUCCCAGCCUGAUCUGAACCAGAUUCAUUUGCAUUUGUGGGAUAUCUUCACUGGUAGGGCUUUCAUCAAUACCUAUCUUUUUUAUGGCUCAUAUCGAAUGGGACCAGAGAGUGAUUCCCAGUACAGCAUUCGCUUGGCCUACCUCCUCAGUCCACUAACCUGCCUGCUCCUCUGCUUCUAUGGUACCGUACGACGCAUGGUGAAAGGGCUGCUCCAUAAGCAAUUGCUGAGCAAGGAUUACAGGCCCCAACUCAGCAGUAAGGUGUUUGUCUCCUGGGAUUUUUGCAUCCGAAACCGGGAAGCUGCCAUCAUCAAGCAACACAGCAACAGCAAUGAGUUCAAGAUAGAGCUCCAGGAGGAGCAGCGUGCUCUGCAGAUACAACAGCAGACAGGAAAGCAAAGGGCCGGACAGCUUCUUUCUUAUGUGGGGCUCAACAUAUGCAUUGGACUCCUCGUGGUUGGGGGUAUCAGUGCCAUUUAUUGGGCCACCAAAUUCUCUCAGAACUACAAGGAUGAGUCCCUCUCUUUACUGCUUCAAUAUCUGUCUCCUGGAGUCAUUUCCCUUGUUAACAGUCUGGGGCCCUUGGUAUUUGGAUUCCUGGUCCAGCUGGAGAAUUAUCCCCCCAACACUGAAAUCAAUCUCACCCUUUUCUGGUGUGUGGUUCUGAAGCUGUCUAGCUUGGGCAUGUUCCUUUUUUCACUGAGACAACAAACAAUGCAAUGUCCUGGCAGAAAUGACCAUUCCAGCUGUGAGCCUCAUGAUUAUAAUCCAUGCUAUCAGUGCUGGGAGAACUUAGUGGGUCAGGAGUUAUACAAAUUGAGCAUAUUUGACUUCUUCCUCAUGCUGGCUUUUGCUUUCUUGAUCACCCUACCAAGGAGGCUGCUGGUGGAUCAUCUUUCAGGCCAGUUCUGGCUCUGGCUGGGUAGAGAAGAAUUUCUGGUGCCCAAGAAUGUGUUGGACAUUGUGGCUGGACAGACGGUCACCUGGAUGGGCCUUUUCUACUGCCCCCUCCUUCCCCUGCUCAGCAGCAUUUUUAUCUUCUUCACCUUUUAUGUUAAGAAGUACACUCUCCUCAGAAACUGCAGGCCCUCCCCUCGCCUCUUUCAAGCCUCCAGUGCCACUUUCUUCUUCCAAUUGGUCCUCCUGCUAGGCCUCCUUGUGGCUACUGUGCCUCUUCUCUAUGUCAUCAGCAGCCAUUCCUCUGAAAAUUGCGGCCUCUUUUCCAACUACUCAGCGCCCUGGCAGGUGGUUCCAGAGGCACUGGCCAUGAGACUCUCACCACCAGCCCAGAAAGUCUUUCACUACUUUGGUUCCAAUGCUUUCUGGUAUCCCAUCCUCAUCUUACUUAGCCUUGCACUGACUGCAUGCCUCUCCCAAUCUGGGGCCAAUAAAAGGGCUAUCAAGGGCCUUAGAAGACAGCUGCAAUGGCAAGUACGGGAAAAAUGGCACCUGGUGGAGGACCUGUCACGACUGCUGCAAGAGUCAGGAAGUUCUGAUUCUUGGGGACCUGAAUCCCUGAGUUCCCGACCUUCCUGUCCCAGGUCCUUCUGCCCUGGAUUCCCUUGUCCUGGAUCUCCAAGGCCCAAAUCAUUUAUGGCAGAAUCCACUCAUUCUCAGGAAGUUUAUGGCAUACUUACUCCAUUUGGAGAAGAAGCCACUUGAUAAGAUGGAGGAAUAUGAGAUCUAUACAGUCCCAUGCAGGACUAGCUGUUUCUUCUUCUACUACUCUUGAAAAGAGCACUUGAUGCUAACAAUGAAAGUGACAGGACAUGAAAUUUGAACAGCUGGCAACUGAGACUGCUGGAGACAGUAGGAAGCAUGAAGCAGAGACAGAGACUGGAUGCAAAAAAAGAUCUUGAAGUCUCCCAAGAUAGGCUUACCUUUGGGCUAGUGAGCUGGAGAGUGAAGGUUGAUUUCCUUUCUAGUGUUUCUGCUUUCUAUUAUCCAUAAUCCACAGAUAAUAUCAUAGAUACAUUUAUGUAAGCACAUGAGCAUGGCACACACACACACACACACACACACACACACACACACACACACCUUGACUUACCUUCCCAUAUUUCUUUCUAUGAUCUAUGGUUAUCAGCAAUUAAGCAAUGUUACCAGCCACCCCCAAAGUGCUAGCAGGGCACUUGGGAAGAGUUUGAGAAGUUGACUUCAUAUGGAGUAUGUGAACCAUUUCCUUUGUCUUUUUUUUUCUUAUAUUCAAUAAACUACAUGAUCAUAGUA